UUUAAAUGCUGUUUCAGCCGCCAUUAAGUUCUUUGUAGCUCGCCAUUCUUCUCCUUCCCCUUUCCUCAUCACAUUCCCUCCUCCAUGUUCUUCUUCUUCUCCUCCCCCUUCAGAAAAAGUGAUACCCAAUCCAAUGUUUCUUCAGCAAAGGCCUUCAGAUUCCACCCAUGAAGCCAUACCCGCCUGCCCUUCAUGUGCUUGUUGUUCUUCUUCAACCUCCACAGAGUCCUCCAUGGAAGAAAGAGAAGAAGAACCAGUAGAGGAGGAGAGGAUUGAACAGGUCCCUGCAUAUUUCUAUAUGCAAAUGCCACCCCCAAUGCCAUCCCCUCAGAGGGAGUUUAGUUGGGAUUUUUUCAAUCCAUUUGAUACCAUGAGGACCGAUGUCGUCGCCGGGUAUCGCCAGAGCUCGGAGGAGGAAGAAGGCAUUCCAGAGCUGGAGGAAGAGACAGUAGAGAAAAACCAGAGGGUUGAGGAUGUUGGAGAGAAGGAAGAAGAGAAUCAGUUGAAGAAGGGGCUGAAAGUCAUUGAUACACCUGUGGAAGGAAGGGAACUUUUGGAAGCAUUGCAGGAUGUUGAGGAUUAUUUCAUUAGGGCUUAUGAUUCUGGAAUUGAUGUUUCUAGGAUGUUAGAGGCCAACAAAAUUCAGCUUCAAUCUGGUUUAGAAGAAAUAAAAGAGAACUCGACAAAACUCAUCCAAGCGAUAACUUGGCACCGGUCUGUUUCGGGCAAGACUUCAUCAUGUAAGAGUCUAGUAGCAUCUAGUUCGAAAGGUUCUUCGCCAUGGACGGAGUUCAGUAAUGAGCUGUUUGAUGAUUAUGACAUAAUGGACUCGGGAAGCCAUUCGUCGACUCUUGGUCGGUUAUAUGCUUGGGAGAAGAAACUCUAUGAAGAGGUCAAGGCUGGGGACAGCAUGCACAAACUGUAUGAAAAAAGGUGUUCACGACUAAGAAGCCAGGACGUUAAAGGGAGCAAUGGAAUGACAACUGAUAAAACUCGGGUUAUGGUUAAAGAUUUAUACGCCAGGAUCUUGGUCGCCAUUCGAAGUGCUGAAUCAAUCUCGACAAGAAUUGUGAAUCUAAGAGAUGACGAGCUACAACCUCAGAUCGUAGAGCUAUUAAAAGGCUUAACAAGAACUUGGAAAAUCAUGUUGGAAGUUCAUGAAACCCAGAAAAAGAUUAUCCUUGAAGUGAAGACUUAUUCCUGCCAUUCCUAUCUGAAGUUCUGUAACGAAUCUCACCGUCUUGCAACUCUUCAGCUUGGAGCUGAGCUUCAGAAUUGGCGUUCGUGUUUUUCAAAAUAUGUUGAAUCACAGAAGGCUUAUGUUGAAGCUCUCCAUGGAUGGCUGACCAAGUUUGUAGUGCCUGAGGAUGAGUUCUGUUCUCGGGGUCGGACUUCCACUGUGCCUUAUGGGCUGCAUGGACCUCCAUUGCUUUCAAUCUGCCGUGAUUGGCUAUCAUCCAUGGAAAAAUUACCAGAUAAACCAGUAGCCUUUGCAUUGAAAAGCUUUACAAAGGAUAUGAAGGCUCUAUCAGAUAAACAGAUGGAGGAGCUGCAGCAAAAGAGAAGAGUUGAAAGCUUGGCAAAGGAACUCGACCGACGGAUACUGUCCUUCCAGAAAACAGAGAACAAGUUCUUCGAGUUCAACUCUACCGAGCUGAAAUCCGAGUCGGAAGUGGAAAAUCAGAAUGAGUACUUGACAGAAAAGAAAGAUCAGCUAGACAUGUUCAGGAAGAAGCUUGAUUUGGAGAAGGAAAAACACAAUAACUGCAUUCAAGAAGCACAGAGGAUUACAUUAAAUGGAAUACAAACAGGGUUUUCCUCAGUUUUUGAUUCCUUAUCAGAGUUCUCCAAGGCUUCGCAAAAAAUGUACGACCACCUAGUGAAUUACAGUGAGAAUGCCAAUAAAUCUAAGAACAUUAACUAUAUCGAGGGUUCCUCCCAAACUGAAGAAAAUGUAAGCAGAUAAUGAAAGAAAAACCAGAAAAUGGUUGGUUUUUCUUGGAGUUCUGUAAAUUAUAUCAUGUCGAAGCAGCUCGCUGAGACAUUGGUUUGUAGUUUUAAUCUAGCAUCUCCUCCUAGAAAAUUGUUAAGAUUUCUGGUAGAGAGGCUUUUCAUGCUCACAAUUUUGUAGCAGAAGGCCAAUUUAUUGCCUUUUCUACAUUAUUGGCAAGAGGCCCAAGAAAUGUAUAUCUGAACUUAUUGCCUCUUGCAGGAAGAGGCCUAAUUUAUUGCCUUUCUG